AUGCAUCCUCUGCCUCUCAACACAUCUUUCCAGUCCUGCUUACCUUCACCUCCAACAUCACCAGACGGUCGAAACUCCUCGAGCACACUCACACUUUCAAUCUCCACAAAAAGAAGUCAUUCUUCAUUGGAUACCACAACUAACAACGACAGAGAUUAUAAAGACAUACGAACAUCAUCUUCAGUCGAACCAAAGACUAAACACCCUAGAUUCGGCCUGUCUCUUCUAGAAUCCUAUUUGGAACACGGUGGAUCACCAAACGUUCGUGGUACACAACACGCUCUUAGCAUGCUCUGCUGGGCAUGUCACAGUCGGUCAGUCGUCGCUCUCCGCGUCCUUUUGGACCACAAAGAAUUGGACCCCGGAUUUGCCCAUGGAACUGCAGACCGUGCUACUGCGCUCCACAUUGCUGCCAGCAUCGGUUUCACACAGGGGGUCAAGCUUCUUUUGGAACACCCAAAGGUUAUCCAGGACACCCUGGACAUAAAUGGCCAGACUGCGCUUCACAAAGCCGUCAUCUCAAACCACCCAACCAUCCUCAAACUACUCCUGGACAACGGUUCGCGUCUCGACCUCAAAGACAACAAUGGCCGUCUACCACUCCACCUCGCUGUCCUGCACCGCAGUAUUGCCUGUCUCUCACUCCUAUUAAACUACCAGUACCGCACCGUCAACAACCCAACCAACCUCGAUACUCUCUGGACAACCACUUCACCAACAACAAGAUCUAACUUGCUUAACAGUCGGACAGUCGUACAAGAAGCCAUCGUCACAAACCAGCCCACUCUUUUGCUACGGAUCUUCCAAGACAAAGCUUGGCGCGCAGGAUCCCCAAUCAAGCAACACUUGGUUAUGGAAGCCGUGAUGUGGAACCGGAUAUCUUGCCUUGAUGUCCUUAUCACGGUCGGUGGCUGUGACAUCAAUUGCGCACCAUCUUCAACAUUAUUAUCACCGACGGCACACAGUGAUUCGCUAGAUACCCCACUUUACCGAGCUGUGCAACAACGCAAAUUGGAUAUCGUCCAGAGACUGCGCCAGGCUGGUGCAGAUCCUUGCGACCAAUUCGGUCACAAUCAGAGUUUUAUCUAUGCCGCAAUCCAUGGUUUUGUCGACAUGGCUGCCCUGCUCAUCACCCCUCGUACCUCAAGAGACUCAAUUUCCCAAGCCCUAUUGAUGUCAGAGUCUGCAGGCUGCAGAGCACGGUUACAAUCUAUUAUCGAUGGUUCUGGCUGUCAAAAAAACCCCAACUAA